GUCCCUAAACAUAGACCGACUGAUUUUGAUUGACUUUUGACAAUUUGUCUUGUCCAUUUAAUUUGUUUUUUGUUUAGCUGAAACGAGAAAGUGUUAUAAAGAUUUAAGAUAGCUUACAGUACAGUGCCAUUUAUAUAAUUAAUUUCAAGAUCAGCAUCUCAUACGUGCUAAUAAAAUGAUGGACUGCGUGGAAGAAACUAACCAUGAUCCUCUCUCAGCCCCAUCAGUUACAUCCCCUGCCUCUGUUGACACUAAGCUUGAAAAAAAGAAGCCCAAUGAAAAUGUCUCUUUAGCUGACAAUAGCUUAUUAGUAGAUAUUUCAGAUGCACUUAGUGAAAAAGAGAAGGUGAAGUUUUCUGUUCAUACCAAAACAACUCUACCUGAAUUUCAGAAGUCACAAUUUUCAGUAGUUCGUCAGCAUGAAGAGUUUGUGUGGCUUCAUGACAGAUAUGAAGAGAAUGAAGAAUAUGCAGGUUAUAUUAUACCCCCAGCACCACCAAGACCGGAUUUUGAUGCGUCUCGUGAAAAGCUACAGCGCCUCGGAGAAGGCGAGGGCGCGUUAACACGUGAAGAGUUCCUCAAGAUGAAAGAAGAGUUGGAAGAUGAAUAUCUGGCAACAUUCAAGAAGACAGUGGCAAUGCACGAAGUGUUCCUACAACGUCUCGCAGCCCAUCCGGUGUUUAGAAAUGAUGCACAUUUACGUGUGUUUCUAGAAUACGAACAGGAUCUGUGUGCUAAGCCUCGAGGAAAAAUGGACCUUAUUGGUGGAUUGAUGAGGUCUAUGACAACAACGACAGAUGAGAUCUACUUGGGCGCGACCGUACGUGACGUCAAUGACUUCUUUGAACAGGAAACAGCUUUCCUACAAGAAUAUUAUUCUCAUCUCAAAGAGGCAGUUGCUAAAGUCGACCGUAUGACUACUAAGCAUAAGGAGGUGGCGGAUGCACACAUCAAGCUGUCCUCGUGUCUGACGCAGCUGGGCACACGCGAGCAGCCCGCCACAGAGCGCUUCCUGACGCGUGCCGCUGAGACAUUCGAAAAGUGCCGGAAAAUAGAAGGCCGCAUGGCGUCAGACCAGGAUCUGAAGUUAGCGGAUACAUUGCGGUACUACAUGCGCGACGCUCACGCCGCCAAAGCUGUGCUCGUACGGAGACUUAGAUGUCUGGCAGCGUAUGAGGCAGCAAAUAGAAACUUGGAACGCGCUCGGGCUAAGAACAAGGACGUGCACGCUGCGGAGCAAGUGCAGGCGGACGCGUGCGCACGAUUCGAGCAGCUGUCGGCACGUGCUCGCGAAGAGUUGCUAGAUUUUCGCACGCGACGCGUAGCUGCUUUUAGAAAAAGUUUAAUUGAUCUCGCGGAGUUGGAGAUAAAACACGCGGCAGCUCAACAGGAAUUGUUCAGGAAGUCCCUGCAGAUGUUGAGGGAGUGCCAGUAACUGGCCACGCCCAUCGGCAACGCCACACCACUUCACGAGGCAUGUUUAAGGUACAGUUGCACCAUCUCUUGCAAAUUCCUUUGCAACAUUAUAUUUUUUAUUAUUGUAUUUUGGCAAGUAAAAAAUUGUUACUGGUUUUUGUUAAUGUCAUUCAAUGAUAGGAAAAAAAUCAAUCAUUAAUUUGCAUUUUAAAGUGCAUAAACCCGUCAUUCUAGACUAGAGUUUUAUGAAUCUAUGGUCUCUGAAAUCUUUGAUUACGUAACUGGCUGAUUACCUCUUGAGUAUAUUUCCUCGUAAAAAUUUGCUUUUGUAUUUCUUUCUAAAUAAGCAUAAUACAAUAAGUUAUGGUGACAUUAACAAGACGAAAGGAAAUAAAAAAAAUGUAACACGAUUCUCAUAUAUGUAUAUGUAAGUCGUAAUUUGGUGAGUGUAAUUUGGAGUUAACCGUAUUUCCACUGUUAUUACACUUCCACGUAAAUUUGUUGUCUCGCUUUUUUGAAAGGGCAUGACAAGGAUAACAAUAUUGUGUGGUGUUACGAUAAGACAAUACAUGUGGCCAACAACAGCCAAAAUACUUUUAAGUAAAGUGCAAUAUGAAAGAUAUGUUUUAAUUGACAUGUUACUGUGGGUUCGACUGAUAUGCCAUCCCUAUUAUUCUUUUUGGAAAAAACAGAGACAACAAUAUGUUUUAGUCGAAAGCCUGUAAGGAUUUAAAAAGUUAUAUCUCUUUGAAAAAAUAUAGUCGACACGACUUGUGUAUGUUGUAUUUCUUUUGGUGGAUAUUUGUAUAAAGAUUAUGAAGAGAUUUUAUUGUAAGAUAAAAUUAUUUAGCUUUACUAUAUGCAAAGAUUUUGUCAAAUACAUAUAAAUACUUUCAAAUGAUUCAUAUUUAAAAAAAUAUGUAAUAGUAACAAAAGUAUUUAUUUUAUGGUUUUUUAUUUAAAUAAAAAAAUUAAAAGCAUAGAUUUUUGCUUUUUACUUCUAGUAAAAAUUCAAUUUUAUCAAAAUAAAUAACUUUUAUAAAGCAAUGUGUUUCUAAUACUUUAUCUGGUUUUGGUUAUUUUAAGUAAUAAUCAAAUAAUUAGCAAACUUUCUUGCUUAAAACAGUUAUUUUUGUGCAUAAUUUUCUAUAAGCUGUGCGGACCAAAAGUAUAUUUUAGGUUAACUACAUUAAGUGUAAUUUGUGCUAUUUUAUGAUGAUUUUUUAUUUUAUCUCAUCGCCGGGGAAUAACGGGCGUUAUAUACAAGUGGCAUAUAAUAUAUUACAUGAGUAUUUUUUUUUAAUUUUGCAAAAAAUAUACGCUCAAAAUUUUCCUCUCACUCGUUUUGGCUAUGCAAGAUUGUAUCGGUGCGGGAUCUCAUAAAGAGAUGUUAUUUUUAAACUGUUUUAAAUUUUAAGAAAAUAUACGAAUUAUAGAACA